AUGAAUGGGGAAGGUCACAGAGAACAGUUUCAUAUUUUACAAGCCCAACAGCAACAGAAGCUGUUGGAAAGACGUCAGAAAAAGGAAGAAAUGAACAAGCAUGUUGAAAAGAAGACAGAAAAUAAGGAAACAAAUCUCAGUACCUUUGGUGUAACCGAUGACCUUUGUCUAAAGACAAGAGAUUCUCCAGAUGAUGGCAGUUACAUUUCCCAGGAUCAUCUCAGUGAUCAGAUCAGGCAACUGAAGGACGAGAAUGGUCGUUUGUGCAAGUUGUUGCUUGAGAAGGACUUUGAAGUUCGGCAGAUAAAGAAGAAAAUAGACGAAAACAGGAAUAUUUGUGUCGACGGAGGGCUGACUAAUGAAUUAGCAGCUACCAAAAUUAUUGAACUCAGCAAGAAGAUCCGGGAUUUGACUGCCGAGAAGGAGGCUGAAAAAACCAGAUGUAAGCAGUUGCAGAAAAAGUGCCAUGACUUACAGGCGCAGUCACUCCUAACUCCGGCAACCAUGUCAGUAGAGACUUCAGCGGUCAGACUCCACCCAAAUGGCGAGAGGAAUGGAGAUGAUGAUGGUGUUGAUGUCAAAUUGUUGCAAGACAGGCUGAAGCAAUCAGAAACUCGAGCUACAGACUUUCGCAAUCAGUGCUUGUCUUUACGACAAGAACUUAAAGUUGCUCAUAAGGUGUUGUGUCAGGAGAUUGGAGAGAAUAUCAACUUCCAGACGCUCCUGAAUGAGUCCAGUAAUUGGAGGGGAAGGGCUCAACAAAUCUUAGCCCUGCAGGGAAAAGUUGAAGAACUGAAGGCACUGUUGUUGGAUGGUUCUGCUACAGACGGAGAGAAGAACACAAAUGCAAAGCGAAGACAAGAGGAGAAAUAUAAGGAUGAGCUGAGAAAGAUGGAGAAAGACAGAAAAGAGGCUCAAGAGAAUACUGCAAUCAAACUAAAAAAUCUAGAAGCAGAAAAUCAUAGUUUGCUGGAAAAACUCGAUGCUGGCAAAGCUAGGAAUCAUGUACUUUCAAAUGAAAUAAAGACAAUGAAGUCGCAGUUGCAAAUGCUGUUGAAAAAAAGCAGAAAUGAUGAUGAAUUCAUUGAUGCCCUAAUGAAACAACAGUCACAGCUGAAACAGUUACUUGAGGAUCACAACAAGCAACAGUCACAACAUGAACAUCUGCAGCAACAACAGCUACAGCAGAUGACAGUCAGGAGCCAACAUGAUCACAAUAUUGUGGAACAACUUAAGACAGUUGCUGCUCAGAAGGAGGCACAAGUGAAAAUGUUGGAGAUGGAACUGCUGCAUUUGAAGAUGGAGCACAUGAACACACACACUGCCAGAACAUCCCAGCACAGUUUAUGUGGCUCAGAUCUUCAGCCUGCCAUUUGUAACAGCACCAGACCACUCACAGCUGCAGACAUCACACAGCCACAGACAUCUCACAGCACCAGACCACUCACAGCUGCAGAUAUCACACAGCCACAGACAUCUCACAGCACCAGACCACUCACCGCUGCAGACAUCUCAUCACGAAAGCCAGUAACUGAUGAAACACAUGUGCAAGAAAUGACCUCUCUGAGAUUUCACAAUGCAGAGAUACAGGUGAUGAAUCUAGCCAUAGAAGUGGAGAAGGAUAAGAUGACAGAGUUAGUACAGGUUUUGCAGGAGAGGCUAUCAGAAGAAACUCGGAGACUUGCUGAGGCUGAGGCAAAUCUUCAGGCUGAAAAACGACAGACUGUGGAGUUGGAAAAGAGAUUGGCUAAAGCAAAUCUUAUUGCACAGAGAGGAAAUGGUGUUUCAAAGAAUCUUAACUCAUUCCAAGAAUUGGGUAGCAAAGAUAACAGUGAAUUACUGGCAAGAUCAGAAAUACAGAAAGAUGAAAUUGAUUCAUUAAAGGCAGCCCUGGAGAGAACACUAAAGGCAAAAACUGAAGACAUGAAAGUUUACAGUGCAACUUUGGAAGAAACAAAGAAAGUCUUCCUUCAGGCCUUGAGACAACUGAAAGAAGGGCAAACACUGUCUUUUAUAAAGAGUUAA